AUGUUGAUGAGGUUCGCCUUCAGCUCGAAGUUCACAUCCCCCAAGUCAAUAGCGGGCUACUUCAUUCCCAGUUGUUUCACUCGCCUCUUCGUCUCCCCGCUGCUCGUUGCUCUCUGCACCUCGCUCUCCUCUGAGAAGGGCAUCACCUUGAGCGCCAUGGAGGAGCCGGAGCCGGAGCUCGCGGUUCCCUGGUCACCGGCUGAUCCAUCGGAGCUUUCGCGGGCUCAGACGAUGGAGAUGGGACUCGGCGAUCUCAGCGCACAGCAGCAGUUCGGCCUCUCGAGUACCAUCGCCCCGCAGCCACCACUCCAGAUGAAAGUUUACCUAGCACAUGAUGAUGCAAUGAUGGACCGUCAGUUUGGUGAUACAGACUUGGCCAAAUGGAUAGCAAAGCUUCUGAAAAGUGGUGCUUCCAAUCCAUCUCCUUCGCCGGAGACGAAUAUCCAUCAUCAGAUGGAGGAUGAAGACGUGGAAGUGAAACUACUAUUGAGGGGACCCCAGGAUGAAUCGCAUCUACCGGCAGUGUUUGGUGUGCCACUUGAUCAUGCAUAUGAUAUACAUCAGUGGGAUGAUAAAUUUUAUUCAGUCGCCUGGGAUGAUGCCAGAGAAGCUGAGCCGAUACAUUUAAACCAUGAUAUCAAAGAUUACAUCGUCAUGCCAAGCUUGUUAGAUUUGGUACCGACGCAGGGCAGCUUAGGGGUAAAAGGCCAAACAAAAUGUCGCACAAGAAGCACAUAUUGGAAGGUGAAGUUGCAGUUCCCGACCCCUCUCUGGGUACUCCUCGUAUGGAAUCCCUUUCUUACACAGAAACCUUAG